AGAAGCCGACGAUGGCAGCUGCGACGAUGGACCACCGGAUGGUGGCGACUGUGGAGCCUUUGAAACGGCUGGUGAAGGCAGUAGUCGUUUGUCUGAAUCAGUGGGAAGCGAUUCGCAAGCAUAUGAGCAGUAUACGAUGGGGCCGACAUUCACCCGAGCCGUACUUCCUCCCGAUGCAAAGGUGCUGAUGCUGAUGAAGCCGAAUGUGCCGGGUGAAAAGCAACGGCUGGUGAAGUUGGAACCAGUUGCCAAUCCGGCCAAACCUGAUUUCCGAUUUGCUUUCGAGACGCUACGUAAAACGGCAAAAAAGACCGACCUACGAAAGUCCGCUGUGCGCACGCGCAAACGACGAAUCAUACGGUCGCAGAAUGAAACUUCUAAGGUUCGCUGUUUUCCUAAACUCGUUUUUACUUUGCCCAGGCAUACCAGUAAAUAG